GGGCUUUCUUCUCUUCUCUGCUUCCUUUCCCUGACAAUCUCAUUUUCACUUCCUUUUCAUCUCUGAGACCCAAAAGCUGCUUCUUCUGCUUCUCAUUUCCCCAAAACCAUUCACUCUCUUGAUUCAUCAAAAAGCUGUUUUAUUUCCCUUUUCUCCUGGCUUCUGAUUCAGAUUCAGUUCACCUCUUUUUUUUCUUCAUUUUUUUUGUCUUUUGUUAAUUUUCUUGGUGUCAUUGUGUUUGCAAAGAGAAUUUUAUGUGUACCAUUGAUGUAAAGUUUUCAGCUUUGAAUUGUAGUUCUUGUGGGGUGUGUGUAUUCCGGAGCUUGUGUUUGAUGUAAGGUUAUUUUAUUUUAUUUUAUUUUUUUUGGGGGGGGGGGGGGGGGGGGGCGGUGUUGUAUUUGUUUUUGUGUGUGUGUGUGUUUUGAAGAGCGAAACAGAAGCAGAAGCUCUUUGUUGGUGUUCUAUUUUUGGAAUUUUCUGCUGGUGAUCUCGUUGGAAAACCCGAGCUUUCUGAGGCUCGGGAUCUGAAUUGUGAAGAUGGAUUCAAAUUCAACAAAGGAGAAGCUGCAGAACAGUGUUGUUGUUGCAGAUGGAGCUGAACUUAAGUCUUGUUAUAUGCAGAAGUUCAGGCUCUAUGAGACUCGCUCGAAAUUUUACAUGAUUGGAAGAGACAAAAACAGAACAUUUUGGAGGGUUUUAAAGAUUGACAGAUUGGAGCCAUCUGAAUUGAAUAUCUUUGAAGAUUCAACAUUAUACUCAGAUAUUGAGUGUUGUGACCUUCUGAGGCGGAUACAUGAAGGAAACAAGUCAACAGGGGGGCUUAAAUUUGUAACAACUUGCUAUGGAAUCAUCGGAUUUAUCAAAUUUCUUGAGCCAUAUUACAUGCUGCUCAUAACAAAACGAAGAAAGAUCGGAACAAUCUGUGGGCACACUAUAUAUGCUAUCACAAAGAGCGAAAUGGUUCCAAUUCCUCAUGCUAUUGAGCGGUCCAAAAUGGCUUAUUCUAAGGAUGAGAACAGAUACAAGAAGCUUCUAUGCAGUGUGGAUCUUACAAAGGACUUCUUUUUCAGCUACUCCUACAAUGUCAUGCUUAGUCUUCAACGGAACUUAUCUGAUCAUAAUACAACAGGACAAUCACUUUAUGAAACCCUUUUUGUUUGGAAUGAGUUCUUAACUCGUGGAAUUAGGAACAAUCUCCAGAAUACUUCCUGGACUGUAGCCUUAGUGUAUGGUUUUUUUAAGCAGGUCAAACUUUCUAUAUCUGACAAUGAGUUCAACUUGACUAUCAUUGCUAGGCGCUCACGGCAUUAUGCUGGGACCAGAUAUUUGAAACGCGGAGUGAAUGAAAAGGGUAGAGUAGCUAAUGAUGUUGAGACAGAGCAGAUAGUCUUUACAGAUGCUCGUGGUGGACGGCCAAUGCAAAUCAGUUCUGUGGUGCAGAUCCGGGGUUCAAUCCCUCUGUUCUGGUCUCAGGAAGCCUCUAGAUUGAAUAUAAAACCUGACAUUAUAUUAUCAAGGAAGGACUCUAAUUUUGAAGCCACAAGACUUCAUUUUGAAAAUCUUGUCAAGAGAUAUGGAAAUCCAAUUAUUAUACUGAACUUGAUAAAGACACGUGAGAAGAAGCCUCGAGAAACUAUUCUGCGAGCCGAGUUUGCGAAUGCUGUUAGGUCUCUUAAUAAAAAUUUGAAAGGCGAAAAUCGCCUGAGGUUCGUUCAUUGGGAUCUGCAUAGGCAUUCAAGAUGCAGCAAAGCUACUAAUGUGUUGGGACAACUGGGAAAAGUGGCUGCAUAUGCGCUGAAGCUGACUGGCAUCUUCUAUUGUCCAGUGACAUCAAAUGUGAGGCUAGAUGGAUUUUCGCAUUAUUCCUACACCGAGAAUAACAAUGUCACUGAUCACUGCAUCACAGAACAAGCUAGUAUAAACAAGGAUAAUGUUGAUAAAGAAACAGAAAUUAUCAAUUGUUACUGUAGUAGUGAUGAGAACAAAGAUUACAGUGUCAAACCCCAGAUGCUUCAAUCUGGGGUCUUGAGGACUAAUUGCAUAGACUGCUUAGAUCGUACCAAUGUUGCUCAAUAUACUUAUGGACUAGCUGCGCUUGGAUGUCAGCUACAAGCUUUAGGAUUUAUUGAAACCCCGUAUAUCGAUCUUGAUAACCCUUUGGCCAAGGAAUUAAUGGAAAUCUAUGAGUCCAUGGGCGACACAUUAGCCUUUCAAUAUGGGGGUUCUGCAGCACACAAUAAGAUAUUUUCUGAGAGAAGAGGUCAAUGGAAGGCAGCAGCUCAAUCCCAGGAAUUUAUUCGAACACUACAGCGUUAUUAUAACAACACAUAUUUAGAUGGUGAUAAGCAAAAAGCAAUUAACUUACUCUUGGGGCAUUUUCAACCCCAACAAGGAAAUCCAGCACUAUGGGAACUAGAUUCGGAUCAGCAUUACACUGUCAAGAAACAUGGUCUGUAUGUAGCAGAUGACAGCGUUAGGUCAACUAUUAAAAGAUCACUAUCAGAUGGUAACAUUCUCAGUGAAAGUGACACUACAAUUAGGAACUUGAAUGUUACAAAUGAUCAGAACUCGUCUGAAAAACCUGAUAAGCGUUUCCUUUCGGGCUCUACUCCAGAUAUCUAUACUUGUGGAAGUGAUAUCUGUCAUUGCAGAGCUAGACAGAACCAGGUCUCUGAUUCAAAUUGCACUCCCUCAACUCAAUUAUGAUGGGCAAUCUAGGAGUUCUAGGAGGAAUCAUGCAAUUAAUUGGGACAUGCAUUGUACAGCAUUAAGGUCUGUAAAGGAGGGUAGAUUAAGCCAAUGGAAUCUGGUGUCUAAAAGUAUUUCCUUAAAAAUAUUUUUGGAUGGAGGGAAAGUUAGAGGUUUCAAGUAAACCUUAUCAUUGUGUGGAUUUUUUUUAUUUAUUUUUUUAACGAGGAAUUAUUGUGCAGCCCCUGGAAAUCCUCCCUUAUUAAUUAUAAUUUUAGGAUAUAUAGAAACAAUCUCAUUAUUAAUUGUUUUUUAGAAUAGAUGUUGUGUUAGGAGUGGUUUUCAAGUUUCGUUAUAUAUAUAUUGAUUUGUUCUCUUUUUAAAUAGGAGAGUAUUACUCACAGUAUCUUUUAAAUCCUUGUAAUUUCAACUGUUAUGAAUAUUUUAAAGUUCCCCACUUUGAAAGGAAUAGGAUUUCAGCAAUGGGAAUGAAACUUAUUUAACAUGGGUCACCACCUUUUUUUACUAGGUAAUAUAAUUUUUUCUACUCAUGUUACGCAUGGGAGUAGUUAAUAAUAGUGCUCUGUAGUUGUGCUCUUCUGGCAGGAAUUUGUUAGAAGCAAUUUUUAAAGUGUAAAAUAAUAAGCUGGUGCCUCUAUUACCAAGUUUUUCUUCCUAAAUUGUUAAUACCUAAUAACUUAUUAUUUUAGUUGUUUUGUUUCUUUUAAAUUUGGUUUGCCAUUCAAAAGAGAAUGUAGAGGAGAAUCAGUCAGGCACCUUAGUAACCAAAUUCCAUUUUUGUGUGAUCCAUAGUUUGACCUGAUAUGAUUUACGACUCAAACUAUCCAAAUCUUUUGACAGUUAUGUU